CAUUCAUCAACAACUGGAAGUCUGCCAAGGAUGCUCUCAAACUGACCACACAGGCAAAACCUGCUUUUCAAAAGUUUUUAGAGCAUACGUCUCGUGAGCACAAAGGAAAACUUACGUUAGACGCCUUACUGAUUAUGCCUGUUCAACGGAUUCCCCGCUACGAGCUCCUGAUCAAGGAACUGUUGAAGCACACCCCUGUUGACCAUCCUGACCACCAGUCACUUGUCCUGGCUCAAAAAGAGGUCCACGAGCUAGCAGUGAAGAUCAAUAAGAUGGAACGUCAAGCCUUCCAGUACGAGCAGUUGCAACAGAGAGUCAAAGAUAUUGAAAAUUUAAUAGAUGGCGCUGUUGACUUAGUUCAACCAGAUCGGACGUUUAUUAGAUACGACGAUGUGACGGUCUCGGGCGGUCUUGGUAGCAAAAAAGAACGAUGCAUUUUUCUAUUUUCUGACCUGCUGUUAAUUACUAGCGUCAAGAGGAAGAGUGGGACGAUACGAAAAACGUCGUCUGCUUCGUUGUCACCAUCAAUGUUUGGCUAUCUGGAGAUGAACAAAUACAAGUUGUUAUAUAGACUUCCUUUGGACAGUUUGGACACAGUUAAGAAUGGUGAUUCCAGUCCAAAGAAAACUCUAAGAGAAGUGGAAUACUUAGAAGAAGAUAUAGCAGUGCUAGGACACAUAAGCGAUUUGGUUUCAGCAUUGAGAUGCCACCACCAGGCACUGGAUGAAGCCGUCCAAGAAUUGCUGAACACCGUCAACAAGCAGCUGGUUGAGAGACAGGCUGGAGACUCGCAGUUACUGAGCGUUGAGAUAGCUGUCACAACACAGGAAGAAGAAGAUAACAUACAAAUCAUCUUUCCAACACCAGAGAAAAAGUAUUCUUGGGAAACAGCUUUUAACGAGGCCAAGCAUAAACUAGUAUUGCACACUGACAGGAGGCCGCCUCCACAGUUUCUCUACCCCUUACCAGUUCGAAAGACGAGAGCAGGACUGCAGUUUACCUGCUCGACACAAGCAUUAGGUUAUAACCAUUUAGGCCUCAAAGAUGUUUGGAUAUGUAACAGUGACGGGUACGUGGGCCAGGUGUAUAUACUUACUCUCCAAACAGAGCCUACGUUGACAUCGUGCAACAAUGUUUGUAACGCCAGAAUUUUGUGUAUAGCCUCGGUCCCAGGAGUCAAGCACUCAUCUUUUCUGAGCGAUUCUUAUCCAGAUCUGAGUUUGGACUCUAAGAACGUUGAGGAAGAAGAUGGACCUUUCUCUACCAAUGGAAACUUUCAACUGGACAGCGAUUCCAGUGAUACUGGCGAGGAAGAUAGCGAAUCUCCAGAUGAACACUUCACUACAAAACCGAAUUACGCUGCAGGAAAUUAUUUAGUGAGAGAAGAUACCAAAGAUGAAGCAGUGGGUGAACAAUCAACCAUGUGGUUAGGCACAGAGGACGGAUGCGUCCACAUUUACAACUGCAGCGACGACAUUGGCACAAAAAAGACAAGAUUAAAAUUCAACAUUCAGCCGCCGUUCAGUGUAUUAUAUACUUCGACAACAAAGUUUUUCUUUCUCUAGCAAAUGCAGGAUUGUACGUUUACAGGAGAAAUGAGCAAGGAAAGUGGGACACUACAGAGUUCCAGAGAGUCCAGGUUGGCAGCGUAUCCGCUCCCGUGACACACAUGUUGGCAGUGGCUGGAAAACUUUGGUGUGGAUGUCAGAACUACAUAAAGAUUCUCAGUGU